AUGGAGAACCUUCGUACUGAAAUGAUGGCUGAAAUUCAGCAACUAAAGACUAGGCAAGGGGGAGGAAGACUGGAAGAAGUGAUGAGAGAACAUUCCACCACACCGAUAACUGCGCAUUUGGCCAAAGCCAUGAUUCCCCAAAAAUGUCCCAUCCCAUCCUUCGAGUGCUAUGACGGAUCCAGUGAUCCCGCAGCCCAUCUUUUGCUCACCGAGAAAUUCUUGAGGACUUACAUGUACAACAACACCGUCAACACAUGCAUGGAAAAACUCUUUUCGCUGGCCGUCAAACAUAAGGAGACCAUCAGAGAAUAUACCAACAGGUGGCAUAAGAUUUUCCAAGCAAUAGGGAACGUAGAUCCAGUGGUCAGUAUCAACUUCUAUAAAUGGGGGAUGGAUAGGAUGAGUCCAUUUUUCGUCGAGAUCCACGGAAGUGUCCCAACAACCGAAGGAGACCUUCGAGUAAUCAUCGGAAAACAUGCCAGAUUGGAAGAAAUCCGGCGGGAGAAUCCCAGAGCCCAGACACAGAGAUCUCAUCGGACCAAUUCAACAGAACAAGCCAGCGGAUCCAAAAGGGGAUGCUCGGUUGAGCGCAAUAACGAAGAUAUGAAAGGACUAAGGGAUGAUCGGAAGCGUGAUGACCGGAAAUUCGAGGACCAAGUAUACACAAAUCUAAACACCACCUACACCCGCAUCCUAAGGGAGAUUAAGGGUCGAGAAAACUUGGAGUGGACUUGGUCCAAAGGAAACCAUCCACCCCGACCAGAGAAAUCAAGAGACUACUGCGAGUAUCAUUGUUUCAACGACCAUCAUACGGAAAAGUGCAAGAACCUCGAGAUAAUGAUUUAA